AUAUAUUCUGAAAUAGCAAACCCGCCCAAACAAAACCCUAGCGGAUGCAAAGGAGCGAAUGACGCUCCGUUAAACCUCGACGAUCAAAACUUUGAAUUUAAUUUAUAUCCAAAACUAACUCCGUUUCGCCUUUGACGUUCGUGGGCGCUCUGAUUAUUCCAGUGAGAAAUUCAAAUUGAAAUUAUCCGUUGCAAGCCACAGCAGCUUACGUUUAAAAAAUUUAAAAAGAGCAAUUGGCAAUGGGGGAUGCAACUGCAUGGGAUGAAGAGAAAUAUAGGCUCAGCAUCCUGCAAGAGAGAGCUGCGGACGCACGCACUGUAUUCAGCACAGCAUUUGCCCCGAAUUCCAAUGGAAAAACCUUCCCUGAUGUUCUCCUUGCUGCUUCCAGUGACGGAACAGUUGCGCCCUACUCUAUUACCGCCUGCAUUUCUGCCUAUGCAUCGGGCUUAUCAGCUGGCCAACGGCAUGAGUCUCUUACUACCAUUCCAGAGGCAGAACCUCUUUGUUAUCUCCAAGGACAUCAAGGCCCCGCAUACGAUCUUAAAUUCUUUGGUGAAGAGGAUGACUCGCUAUUACUAAGUUGUGGAGAUGAUGGUCGGAUUCAAGUUUGGCAGUGGCAAGAAAUUUUAAAUUCUUUUGGAAGUGGAGUUAAAUGGGGUAGAAGUCCUUUGCAACCAGUACUUGAGCUGAAGAAUCCUCAACAGAAGGGGCCAUGGGGUGCACUUUCUCCAAUGCCAGAAGCGAAUGCAUUGGCAAUAGAUAAGCAGGGAAAUCGCAUAUUUUCUGCUGCAGGAGAUGGGAAUGCAUAUAGUUGGGAUAUGGAUGCUGGCAAAAUCACAAUGACAUUCAAAGGGCAUUCAGAUUAUUUGCAUUGUAUUGUUGCUCGGCCAUCACAAAACCAGGUUCUCACAGGUUCUGAGGAUGGGACUGCUCGUAUAUGGGACUGCAGGAAUGGCCAUUGUAUAGCAAUCUUGGACCCAUUUAGAGCUACCAAGAUAACAAAGCAUUCAAAUAAGAUGUCCCCAUGGGUCAGUUGCAUGGCACUUGAUCCAACUCAGAACUGGCUGGCUUGUGGUAGUGGAGGUGGUUGUUUAACAUUAUGGAGCCUCCCUGGUUUCAAUGCUAUAAUAAGAAUUGCAGCUUGUGCACCCCCUCAGGAUGUAAUAAUUGCUAACAAUCAGAUAGUUGCAGUUGGAGCACAACCUCUACUUUCUCGCUUCAGCUUUGGUGGGAAGGUUCUUUCCCAAGUGAACUGUGCACCAUCAUCAGCAUAUUCACUAGAAGUGCAUAACUCAGGGGUUACUGCGGUUGGAGGCUAUGGAGGUUUAAUUGAUCUUAUCUCUGAUUUCAGUAGCCAUCUUUGUGUUUUUCGAUGCUGAGAUCCCUAAUCAAAUUGUGAGGGUGAAAAGAACUUUGAUAUUUGAACACCUUGGCAUGAUCCUGAAUAUUUCAAUGAUUUGCAAUGUUUUUUCAUACAUUUAGAGCCAUCUUACUUUUUUUUUCUGAGGCAGUUGCAAAAUUGUAAGCUCGACCGUGUACAUUAUGUAUAGUUCAGAUGGUUCACUUCAAUUUGUUCAUACGUGAAUUUCAGGCUAUAAUACCACUUAGGAUGGCUUUUAUAUUGAUGAGCACAAUCUUGUGUAAUUUAUGAAAAAAUAACAAAUAUAUUCUAUUUGCAUA